UCGCAUCCAACUAGAAAGCAAGUAGGGUCUGUACUAGAGUUUCUUCGGUAAGAAGCCACGAGGUCGUUCGCUGCGUUAGCAAAUUUGAGUUGCAUUAUUUGGAAAAUACAAAAGAAAAUUGAAAUUUCAAAAAGAGUGCUCAUCAAAAGUGAACCAGAAAAUAAUUAUUUUAAUUAAAAUAAAAAAAUUCAACGCGCAAACGUCGCGUCUAAAAGACUCAAAAAAAAAAGCCAUUAAAUUGCUAUUGAAAAAUAUUUAAAUAUUACAAAAAACAACAAAAAAAAACACUUACGCGCUUCGUUCAAAUUUGCAGAAAGAAAACCAAAAAAAUAAAUUUUUUUUUGGAAACCCCCAAAUUUCGUAACACAUCUGUUUUGGUACUGUUCCAGCGACGUCCAGCUGAAGCAGCACAGUGAAGCAACAGUGUGCAGUAACAACACAAUAAGUUGUAAAAUUUAAAUAAACGCAAAAAAAACAACAAAAGUACACACAAAACCACAAAAAAUAAGUGUGUAGGAGUGCUGUUAGUUUGUGCUACAAAAAAAAAAAAAAUUAAAUAAAAAAAAAGUGAAAAGUGUAAUAAAGUGUUUAAAAAAAGUUAAUAUUUAUUCAAAAUGUACAAUUAAAAUAAAUUACGUUAAAACGCGCAAGUAGUAAUCCCAAAUACGCAGAAAGUCAGCAGAGAGAGAGAGAGAGAGUGAGAUAGAGAACACAGAGCGCGUGUGAACGAGUUAAAAGCAAAAUAAAUAGAAAUAUUUUUAUAUGCAUUGAAAUUCCGGCCACCGGCCGAAAACUUCAGCGAACCGAUAAACCAAAAAAAAAACAUAAGACAAGGUUUAAACACAACAACAACAACCGCAACUACUAUUAUCAACGCUCAAAGAAGUCUCCAUCAACUGAAAGUGACAACGAGUGCGUUGAAGACCAAUCCUAUUUUUAUCGCGCUAAUUAAAACAAAAAUCGCUCAUAAAAAAUCCACUCAAGAUCAACACAAAAAUAACAUUAAGCAUUUCCUAUCCCACGAGUCAUAAAAAUACCGCAAAACUGCACCUCAUAAACGAUCCUUUUACCAUUAUGGAGGGCUUCGUACACGACUGGCCCACGCCACCGCCCACAGAUUUGCCGCUACAUAUGGAUCUAGUCGGCGAACUGCAGGCCGAUGGUGGUUUUGAACCACAGACUCGUGCCAGAUCGAAUACCUGGCCAUGCCCGAGGCCAGAGAAUUUCGUAGAGCCAUCAGAUGAUUUGGAUAGUACAAAGGCGAGUAAUCAACAGCUAGCGGGAGGAGAUUCCCAGCAGACCGUACAAAAUAUAAAUACAGCGAAAAAGAACUCAUCGCGUCGUAAUGCGUGGGGCAAUUUGUCGUAUGCCGAUUUGAUAACGCAUGCCAUCGGCUCGGCGACCGACAAACGCUUAACGCUAAGUCAAAUCUACGAGUGGAUGGUGCAGAAUGUGCCAUAUUUUAAGGAUAAAGGCGAUUCGAAUAGCAGCGCCGGCUGGAAGAAUUCCAUUCGCCAUAAUCUCUCACUGCACAAUCGUUUUAUGCGCGUCCAAAACGAGGGCACGGGCAAAUCAUCCUGGUGGAUGCUGAAUCCCGAUGCCAAGCCAGGUAAAUCGGUACGCCGACGUGCCGCCUCUAUGGAAACGUCGCGCUAUGAAAAGCGUCGGGGGCGUGCCAAAAAGCGUGUCGAGGCUUUGCGUCAAGCCGGCAUAACGGGUCUGAAUGAUGCAACGCCAUCGCCUAGUAGUAGUGUUAGUGAAGGUUUGGAUCACUUCUCGGAGAGUCCUUUGCACAGUGGUAAUUUCCAAUUGUCGCCGGAUUUCCGACAACGCGCCUCAUCGAAUGCCAGUUCCUGCGGACGUUUGAGUCCGAUACCAGCACUUAUAGGACUUGAGCCAGAUUGGAGUUUUGGUGCUGACUAUACAAAUACAACAAUAACGCCAGCACAAGCAGCCUCCAUGGAGCAAUUAGCUGGUUCAAUAGCGGAAGUUAAGCUGCCCAAGGAUAUUCUACAAGGAUUUAGCGCCGCCUCUGGCAUACCCACCCAACCGCCACCGCCAUAUCAGGCGCCACCGACAUAUAGUCUAAAUGGGCCCGUCGUCUCACAGGGUUACGGCUUGCAGGCACAACAAUGUCUGUUGCAUCGUUCGCUGACGUGCAGCUGUUUGCACAAUUCACGCGAUGGUCUGUCGCCCAAUUCCGUCACAACAACAAUGUCACCCGCGUAUCCGAAUAGUGAGCCAUCGUCCGAUUCACUAAACACUUACAGUAAUGUGGUGCUAGAUGCUGGCAAUGGCGGAGGUGUAGCGAGUGAUAAUGGCACCAGUUUAUUGGUGCAACAGCAACAGCAACAACAACAACAACAGCGACAACAACAACAGCAGCAGCAACAACAGCAGCAACAACAACAGCAGUCACUUAACACAAAUUUAGAAGACAAUAAUUGCGCAUCCACACUUAUCGGCCAAUGCAUGGAGGCACUCAAUAGUGAACCACAAAUUGAUGAUUUUACAUUAGACAGCUUUCAACCAGGACUGGAGUGCAACCUGGAAGAGCUGAUCCGACAGGAGAUGAGCAUUGAUGGCAUGCUGGAUAUAAAUAUCCCACUCACAGCUGAACCAACGGCGAAUUUGGUUAAUAGUGCUCUCGGCGGAGUUAAUCAACAGCAACAGCAGCAGCAACAGCAACAGCAACAGCAGCAACAACACCAACACCACCACCACCACCAUCACCACCAACAACAACAACAGUUAAAUCAAUUGCAAACACAGAUACCCCAGCAACAGCAGCCACAAUUGAUGCCAACGCUACUGAAUAGUAUAGCUAGCAAUAACAACAACAAUAAUAAUAAUAAUAACAGUAAUGUUUUAGAGUUACCAACAGCCGCACAAACACAAACAAAUCUAAAUGCACGCGUACAAUAUUCACAAGCGAGCGUUGUAACGCCACCCUCGUGGGUGCAUUAGAGGCCUGAGUGGAUGUGAAUGAGUUUGAGUUUAUAACAAACAAACGUACACACCUACACUUAUGCUUACAAAAAUGCAUGUAAAUGAAAAUAAAAGAAAACGCUUGCGACAAAAGUAAAAAUAGUACUAGUAAAUAUAAAUACAAUAACAAUAACAAUAAAAGGAGCAUGCAAAUUAUUAGCUUAAUAAAAACGUGGUCAAAUAAUCGAUGAAAUCGUUGUAAACACACGCAAAUACUGCGCAAAUGAAGAUUAAGAGUAAAAAUUGAAUGAAAAAAUUGAAAUUAAUAUGGGUAAUUGGCAAGCGAAUGCGAUAUUUCCAAAGGAGACGGAGAAGUGGUGGGAGCAGUGGACGACGAUUACAGGCCAGCACAUGUGACACCCACCCAUGCGUACAGAACCACCACCUGCAGGAUUUGGAUUUGGACCAUUCGUUAACGCAAUGCAAAUUUACAUAGAAAUAUAUAUACAUAUGUACACAUAUGCAUGUACAUAUAUAGCAUUGCAAAUACAAUAGUUGACAAAAUGAUUUAAUCAAUACAUAAAUAAAUGCCUAACUACAUACAUAUGUACAUACAAAUUAAAUUAAUGUAAGAAUAAUGAUGUAUGCCAACAAAUUGCUUUCUACUUUCAAAACAACAACCAACAACCAAGUCAAAAUCAAAAGGAAGAAGAAAGGAAUUAAAGCGUUAAAUAAGCAUAGAGAAUAAUAAAAAAUAAUUGUCAUUUGGAAUAAGUUAGAGAAAUGGAUGGAAAACAAAUAAAACUAAAAAUAUAUAUAACAAAAACCAAAAA